CGUAUUGAGUCUCACUUCACUCGGUACCGAGCUGUUGUGAAAAAAUGGCACUAUGCUAAUGUUUUAUAAGUUGGAUAGAACUUAGGCAAUUAAAUAGAGACAACUGUAUGCAUAAAUAAUAAAUCGUUAUUUUAGACAAUAUUAGUUUAUAAGAAAACAGAUUAAGAGUAAAAGAGGACCAAAUCCAAUUUGAGUUUAUAAUGGCGGAUCGCUUAACCCAAUUACAAGAUACGAUAAAUCAGCAAGCAGAAUAUUUCUGCAACAGUGUCGGCAUUUUACAACAGUAUUCAACACCUAGCAAAUUUCCGGGAUUUGAUCGAAUCAGCACUCCACAACAACCAAAUCAGUCCCAAGAAGAUUAUGCUGCACUUUUUGCAACCCUCAUUGCAAGAUGUGCCAAAGAUAUCGAUACCUUGAUUGACAGUCUACCUAGUGAAGAAUCAUCUCAAGAAUUACAAGUAGCUAGUCUUAGUAGAUUAGAGCAAGAAAAUCAAGAAGCAGCUGAGCAGCUUGAAGAUGUUGUGAGACAAGGUGAGGCACUUUUGCAACGAAUUCAAGCUGCUUUACAAGACAUUGCACAGAGUCAGUUGGAUAUGCAAAAUCCUACAGCAAAUACAGUGAUAAACCCAUCUCAACCUCUUAGUACAAGUAGUAUUACUAGUAGUAUAAGUAUCAAACAAGAAACUCAAAACAAUGUAAAUGCAAAAAAUCAUUCAAUACCUGACGCAUCAGCAAAUUCUAUGCAACUCUAAAAAUAAACUUUUAGGUUCCUUUUAUUUCAAUUCUAAGUAAAUGUUUCUAUGAUGAGAGAAGUUUACUUUUUACAACUGCAUAAAUUCAUAUACCUAUUUUUAUAUGAGUAUUCAAUGUAAAAAAUGUAAUGAUUAAACUAACGAGUUUUUAAAUUACUAGGAAAUAUUAGGUACAUUAUUUAAUGAUUCAUAUUUUAGGUCAAUUUAUUCUUAAUUUUUCAUUUAUUAGCUAUAAUGUUUGGAAAAUAAGACAAUUAGAGCUUUGAUUUACAAACUUUUUAUUUAUUUUUUUUAUUAUAUUUUUUUUUACAAAGAAGUAUCAAAAGUGUUAUUAGAAAAUUUAGAUUACAAUUUUUAGUAGAGUAUAAUUAUUGAUAGUGUCAUCAAAACACUGUGAAACUAAAAGUCUUUGGAGCAUUUUUUUUGUAACUGAUGAGAAAUUUUUGAAAUUGAACUUUAUACAUUUUCAAACUAAGUUGACUUACGAUAAUAAAUGACAGAAAAUUAAAUUGAAAA